AAAGUGAAAGAUAUCAUUUAUUUCUUCCAUCCUCCCAUCUCGGAUUCCCCGCAAUCUACAUUAGAACCAUGUCGAACCUCACAAAGUACCAGACCGAACUUAUAGAACAUGGCAUGGCUGCUGGUGCUCUCAAAUUUGGCUCGUUCACUCUAAAAUCUGGCCGACAAUCGCCAUAUUUCUUCAACGCAGGUCUACUUGCAUCGGGACCUGUCCUAGAUACUCUGUGCUCUGCAUACGCAACUACGAUCGCCGCUUCACUGGAGGCUGCCAAAUCAGGAUCACCCGGCCUUCCGGAAUUCGACAUUCUGUUCGGCCCUGCGUAUAAAGGAAUUCCUUUCGCAGCUGGGACAGCUCUUCUAUUGCACAGAGACCAUCAUAUCGACGUCGGGUAUGCUUACGAUCGUAAGGAGGCAAAGGACCAUGGUGAAGGUGGAGUGAUGGUUGGUGCACCAGUAAAAGGCAAGAGAGUGCUCGUAUUAGACGACGUCGCUACUGCCGGAACAGCGAUCCGAGGUGCAAUGGAUAUUGUGAAGCAAGCUGGCGGAGAGGUUGUUGGUGCUGUUCUGAUGUUGGAUCGUCAGGAAGUUGGAAGAGAAGGGAAGAGCAUGAUCGAGGAAAUCGAGGGAUUAGUGGGAGGCAAAGGGAGAGUACCGACAAUUUUGAAGAUGAAAGAUCUGAUGGCAUGGUUGGAACAACAUGGAAAGACAGGCGAACUCAAGGCGAUGCAGGAAUAUUGGGAACAAUACGGUGUGAAGAAUGCAUAAGAGAUACGCCAUCUGUACAUUACAAGUCCCGGUUCUCAAAAGUAUACGCUUUGAAGCU